AUGCCUUGGGAGCUUUGGGACUUGCUAGGAGAACGUCCCACUCCUCUUGCCCGUGUGACGAAAAGUGCUCACGAGAUUCCGUUCGUCGCUCACUCGCAGAUCACUGCCGGAGACUUCGCUUUCCCGCUCCAAUCGGGGGUUUCUAGAGCGACAAUCGCCUGCCACAAUGUCGCAGGGCACGCAGGGAGCCGGACUCAGUUCGUAUCCGAAUCCUCUUCUACCGCGUCAAUGCUUUCUCCUCCACCCACCAUGCUCCCUCCCCUCGUGCGCCCUCCCCGCAUGCUUCCUCCCGCCGUGCACUCGUCCCACGUGGCUCGCAGAGAAGACGCGUUCAGCAUAUUAGUGGCGACGGACAACCACCUGAAAUUCAUGGAGAAGGACGACGUGCCUACCCCUGUCGCCCUCUUCUCCCCCCCCCCCCCCCCUUGUGCGCCCUUCCCCAUGCUCCCUGCUCGCAGCGAGGACGCGUUCUCCAUAUUAGUAGCGACGGACAACCACCUGGGCUUCAUGGAGAAGGACCACGUGCGCCGCCACGACUCCUUCACCGCCUUCGAGGAGAUCUGCAAGCUCGCCCAGUCGCUACAGGUGGAUUUCCUGCUGCUGGGCGGGGAUCUGUUUCACGACAACAAGCCGUCGCGCGCCACGCUGGUGCGCACAAUCGACAUUCUGCGCCGCUACUGCCUCAGCGAUAACCCCGUGCGCUUCCAAGUCGUCAGCGACCAAACCCUCAACUUCCCCAACUCGUUCGGGCAUGUGAACUACGAGGACGAGCACUACAACGUGGGCAUGCCCGUCUUCACCGUGCAUGGCAACCAUGACGACCCUGCCGGCAUCGACAACCUAUUAGCGGUGGACAUCCUGUCAUCGUGCAACCUGGUGAACUACUUCGGCAAGUCCAACAUCCCGGAGCAUGACGCCGCGCAGAUCACCCUGCAUCCCGUGCUGCUGCGCAAGAUCACCCUGCACCCCGUGCUGCUGCGCAAGGUGAGAGGGGCGUGCUGCUGCGCAAGGUGGGUGGGUGACAAGGGCGCGAACCGCAUAGCACUGUAUGGGUUGGGGCACAUGCGGGACGAGGUGACUCUUGAGUCGACUCACAAGUCACUGAGCCUCGUUUUCCCCUUUCCUCCCCCUAAACCCCCCUCACAGGGCGCGAACCGCAUCGCCCUGGCAGUGCGCAUGACGAAUACAAAGAAGGUGGUGACGGUGGAUGAGAGCAAGUUCGCAUCCUUCCUGGACCUGGUGGUGUGGGGGCACGAGCACGAGUGCCGCAUCGAGCCCCAGCCACCAGUGGGAGCAAGCUACUUCAUAUCGCAGCCGGGGUCGUCAGUGGUGACGCAGCUGGCGGAGGGCGAGGCCAAGCCCAAGCACGUGCUGCACCUGCGCGUCCAGGGAAACAAGUUUGAGACACAAAACAUCGCCCUCACCACUCCACGCCCGUUCGAGUAUGCCGAGGUGUCAUUGAGGGACGCGCAUGCCCAGGGUGUGAACGCCAGGGAUCCCGAGGAGCUGGCGCUCUUCUUAUCCAACACUGCGUGA